AUGUUAGAAUUAUUACAUUUUUGUGAAUCUUCUAAAGAUUAAAUAGAUAAUUUAGAAGAUUCUAUUCUUUAGAUUUCUCCUAUAUUAAAUAGUUCUUUAUUUAUAGAAUUAGAAUAAAGAAAUUCUUUAUUAGUAGAUAAUUAAAACAAGGAUGACUUUGUAAAAUAAAUCGAAAGAAUUCACAAUAAAGCUAUUUUUGAAGCUUUUAACGAGGCUUUAGAUUAUUAAAGAGUUUAUGGUUUGAGAGGGAAACCAUUCCCAUGGAAAACCACUUCUGAAAAAAUUUCAUAAAAAGAUGUUUAAAUAUAAAAAAUAGAUGGCGUAUUAAAUAAAGGACUAGAAAAGGUUACUGAAUGGGCUUCUUAUUUAUGUGGUAUUAUAUUUGAUAAAGAAGAUCCACUAUUAUCAAAAGGAUUUAAUAUAGAUGAAGAUUAUUUAGCUUAAAUUAAAGAAGAUAGACUUGCUAGAAUGCUUGCUUCUGAAGUUAUUGAAAACGAAGAAAGAUGGAUACUUUAUGAUGAAGAAUAAACUGAAGUUUAAGUUGAAUUAAGCUAGAUGGUUUUUAAUUAAUUAGUAAAUGAGGUUUAUUAUGAAUUAUUUAUUAUAAAUUAAAAAAAAUGA